CCGUACAGCCACGGGGGGUAGCCAUGCGUGAAACACCCGGAUGCUCUCACACGGCCGGUACUUUCCCACCAUCGCUCAAACAGGAAUUUCUCCCCCACCCUCUCUCUCUCUCUCUCUCUUUUCCUUUACCGUUACGUCGAUAAAGUCUGAAAACGAGCACUUUACCUGUGGCGCCUUAAAGCCUUGGACGGAUUGACGCUUGGAAUUCACCGGAAAUCUCCGUUCGUCUCUCCAGAUCUCCGAUGAAGGGCGGCUCCGGCCGGUGGUUCACGAUCGGCCUCGUUUCGGCCUGGUACGCCUCCAACAUCGGCGUCCUGCUGCUCAACAAGUACUUGCUCAGCAACUACGGCUUCAAGUACCCGAUCUUCCUCACCAUGUGCCACAUGACGGCUUGCUCGCUGCUCAGCUACGUCGCCAUUGCCUGGAUGAAGCUCGUGCCCUUGCAGCCGGUCAGGUCGCGGGUUCAGUUCAGCAAGAUCGCGACUCUGAGCCUCGUGUUCUGCGGUUCCGUCGUGAGCGGGAACGUGUCGCUCCGGUACCUUCCGGUAUCGUUCAACCAGGCCGUGGGGGCCACCACGCCAUUCUUCACGGCGGUGUUUGCGUUUUUUAUGACGGUGAAGAGGGAGGCCUGGCUCACGUAUGUGACUCUCAUUCCUGUCGUUACUGGGGUUAUCAUUGCCAGUGGGGGUGAACCAAGUUUCCAUCUAUUUGGGUUUAUAAUGUGCAUUGGUGCUACUGCUGCAAGGGCAUUAAAGUCGGUGCUUCAAGGAAUUUUGCUUUCUUCAGAAGGGGAAAAACUGAAUUCUAUGAACCUUUUGCUGUAUAUGGCACCAGUAGCUGUUCUAUUCUUACUUCCUGCAACACUGUUAAUGGAAGAAAAUGUGGUUGGGAUCACAAUAGCGCUUGCCCGGGAUGAUAGCAAAAUAAUAUGGUACCUACUCUUCAAUUCUGCAUUGGCAUAUUUUGUGAACUUGACCAAUUUCUUGGUGACCAAACAUACCAGCGCUUUGACACUCCAGGUCCUAGGGAAUGCGAAAGGUGCUGUUGCUGUGGUUGUUUCCAUUCUAAUAUUUAGGAAUCCUGUCUCAGUAACAGGGAUACUAGGGUACAUACUUACCGUCAUUGGAGUCAUUCUAUACAGCGAGGCCAAGAAGAGGAGCAGAUGAGACUGCUUUUCUUCUACUGUAUUCUUUCUCUAGUCAAAAUGCCGGCAGACCGUUACGGAGCCAGUUGUAAUUCUGCUUGGGCUAGAUCAUUAUGCAGUUGCCUAUAUUCAUUUCUUUGGAACCAAAAACCAGUGGCCCAGCGCUCUCGAGUGGAUAAUUACCAAAGGAAGAGCUUUAUUAGCCGGCCUUUCUUCUUGUGGGGCAGCCAUAUUUAGUCAUUCUUUUGGUGUAAAUUUGAACACAAGCCUUGUCGGUCUUCUUGUUCUUGUUAUUUUUCUUCUUAUUUAUCCUUUUUUGAUCAAAUCAUAGAAGACAUUCCAAUUCAACCAUUGCUUUAUCAUUAGAGUUAUAAUUAUACUCUUGUAGAAACAACUGUACUAUGAUGUCUUGAUAACUAAAGAUUUAUAUUACAGUCUUUGUGAAAACUCUGUACAAUGACUGCCAUUGAUUCAACAUGUAUACAAGAAGAAACGCCUUCGCCUUAUUUCUAUA